AUGGCACCCUCGGUCUUCAUGAAACUUGUUUUGGCCAACAUCGCGGGCGGCGCCACUGCAGACAACAUUGACCACCUGAUCCAGCAGCAAGUGUACCUCCACCAGUGCCUGGCUCGCAAUCUUAACGACACAGCUUGGUCGCGGAUAGAGUGCCACAUUCGGCUGGACCUUCGCACGGGAAAGGACUACUGCAGCGGCGCCAUGCACCUCCGCCAGCGCAGGGUUUGCGCGCACACAUCACGGCAUGGGGAGCUCAAGAUGGGGGCCCCAUACUGGCAAAUGGGUCGCCCAUUCCUCCAUCCGUCUCAGCCGUCGGUUUAUUGCGUGGAGGCAGACUCAGUAUCGAUGUGCAAGCUUGCCAGCGGCCACUUUUCGCUGAAGGUUUGCCCAUUCCGCUACUUCUCGCAGCCCUUGGGCACACAGGCGUUAACCACCACAUUGCGGCGGAAAGGGCGAGCCUUGCGAGAUGUUGUGGAGUCUCUGGAGGGCACAGCUACCCUGGCCGUGCAGCUGGCACACCAGCUACUCGAAAUCGAGCGUAUCCCCGCGUCGCUACCCGAUGUUUGGGAUGGGAUGACUUUCGCGUUCCGAACUGCCGACAGUGAGGAAGCAGAGGCUCUGUUUGGUGAGACCGGGGUGGUCACUGGGUUUGCUAGGGGUCUCUUCUUUGUGCUAAAGGAGUUGGCUUGGAUUGAUGUGGGGGAGUGGACCCCAGAGUUGCUCUACCAGUUGCACUCGGUUGUGUGUCCGCAGCUUGGCGCGAGGACCGAGCACAUGAGCCACGGAGAGGAUACGGUUCCGCCCUUGGGGAUCGAGGUGCCUGCGCUUGUUGACUCAUUCCUCCAGUGGCUCCGAAGACUUCACCACAAGAGUUGUGCCGACAGGGUGGUGGUGGCGCUGCAAGCCAGUCUUUUUCUGGGGUGGAUCCACCCCUGGCGAGGCUGCAACGGCCGGACAGCACGACUGGUGACGUCGGCCCUCCUGAUUCAAGAAGGGGUUGUGCCGGCCUUCUUCAGUUUAGGUCGUGGCGAAGCAGCUCUCGAAGCUCAUGUCUUUGUGCAGAACAAGUCGUACUAUGGAGAUGCUUCAACAUACAUCGACGGCAUGCUGAAUCAGCUCAAUCUCAGCGCCGAGGUGUUUCAGACAUUUGUGCUGAAGGCCAACCCACGUGCCAUUGCAAAGAUGAAGCCCCCCCCGCCAACGUGGGCGGGUGCGUUUGGACGCACAAGUCGUCCAGAUCCCGAUGUGUAG